UCUGAUAACUAUAUUCAUUAAUCCUAUAUACAUAAAAUAUAAUUUCUAAAUUAUUAUCCCCUCACGGGUCACCCUCGCUAUUGAAACAUUGAAACAAGAUUCUGUUCCUCGUUCGAGCUAGAGUUGAGCAGGCAGCAUUUAACGGUCUGUGACUUGUCGAUGAUGAUCGUAUUCGUUUACUACAGAAAUCACACUUCCUAACAAAACUGUCAACAGUACUACGAUGGCGUCAACAUUCAAUGAAAAUAAGAAAAUCAAGUGUGAUCAAUAUCCUUGCCAGUCGUGGUAUAAACAUGUUGGAAUAGACAGAUCGAACAAUUGUUCGGCACGGUUUUUUAGAGAACGUAGGAAUAGGAAAACAAGUUCAAAAUCAGAUGAAGCCUCAGAUCUUCCAUCAACAAGUCAAGUAAACGGACAUGAUUCAGACCUGGAAGAAGAUGAAUCUUCAGAUGAUCCAGACCACAAUCAUUAUCUAUACCCGAGUGACCUUACUGAACUGUGGUUGGUUAACUGUGAUAUAUGUGACAAUUUCUGUUAUCCUGAUGCCUUUUGCUGGCAUAACGAAAUCAGACAUUCACAACCACAAGAUCCUGAAGCAAUACAGUACAGCUUUUAUCAAAAGAAACCUAAACCAAUUCCUAAGCCCAAACCUGAAAAGAAAAAGAAAGUUAAGAAUGAGACGAAAAAUACUACAGAUGUGCAAAACAAAAAUUCAGAGAAAACAGAUACUUCAAAAAACAAUGACUCUGAAGCUAAUGUUGUAGACAAUCUUGAUGUGAAGUCUGGUCCUGGGCAUGGAAAAAAGAAAAGAAAAAGAAAACGAAUAACAUAUGGGCCAAAAAAAAGAAGAAAACAAGUUCCUGUAGAUAAUGAAAAUUUUGAGGAGACCACUUUUCGAAAUGUAACAGAAAGUGUUAUAGAAGUUCCUUUAGUUAAUGGAAAUAUUGGAGAAAGCUCUUUGGAAAACGUAACAAAAAGUAUUAUAGAAGUUCUUGAAAAUGUUAUGGAGUCCAGUUUGGAAAUUGUAACGGCAUUUUCUAUAGAAGAACUGGAAGAUGAACAAAAAGCGAUUCGCCAACCCCAAAAAACAGUGAAUUGCCAGUUGAAAAGAACAGCAAAUUGCCAGUUGAAAAGAACAGCAAAUUGCCAGUUGAAAAGAGGAGCAAAUUGCCAGUUGAAAAGAGGAGCAAAUUGCCAGCUGAAAAGAGGAGCAAAUUGCCAGCUGAAAAGAGCGGCAAAUUGCCAACUGAAAAGGGCAGUGAAUUACCAAUUGAAACAAAUAGUGAAUUGCCAAUUUGAAAGAACAGUGAAUUGCCAGCUAAAAGGAGCAGUGAAUUGCAGGCUAAAAGGUGCUGUGAAUUGCCAGUUGAAAAGAGUGAUCAGUUGCCAACUUAAAGAAGCAGUGAAUAGCCAACUGAAAGGAGCAAUAAAUUGUCAACUGAAAGAUAUAUUGAAUUACUAUUUGAAAAGAAUAAAGAAUUAUCAGUUGAAAGGAGCAUUAAUUGACCAACUGAAAAGAGCUCUGACUUGCUAUUUGAAAAGAGUAAUGAGUUCCCAAUUGAAAGGAAUCUUGACUUGCUAUUUGAAAAGAGUAAUGAGACGCCAGUUCAAUAGAUCACUGAAUGGCUAUUUGAAAAGAGCACAAAAUGGUAUGAGAAAACAUCCGAUGAUUGCUAAAGCGUUUGCAUCUCAAGCAGUUCGUAAAGGUUCUGUACAAUUUAAUGUUUCAUCACAGCAUAGGAGUUUACUGAGGGAAAAAUUAGUGAUCAAUCAAAGUACAAACUUUAUGAAGAUGUUAUCAGUACCUCCAUUAGUCAAUAAUGUAAUAAAUUAUAAGACAAAGGACUAUUAUAAUUUUGAGAGAAAACUUCAAAAUACCUUCUACAAAACCAAAUUAGCCAGUUUAUCAAUUACUAAAAGCAAUGUAUUUUGUUAUAAUAACCAUAGUUUAGUUUAUAAUUGUUCACCUGCUUAUAGUUCACCUUUCAAAUUAGGAAGUAUAGUAAAUGGAGUUAUUGGAAGAAAUAAUUUAAAGAAUCACUUAGAUUAUACUCCAACUAAUAACUUCCUUAAGAAUAUUAUUAAUGCGAAUUUGAAUUUUGAAAAGCUCUACAAUGGAAUGCUGCCAAAAAGAUUUAAUGGAUUUUAUAAAAAGAAAAGUGCUCAAAAGAAUUCAACUGUGAUACCUCUUGAAAAUAAGAAAAAAGACAGUAGUUUUCAUAUUGAAAACACUGACUAUUUAAGCAGUUACGUGGAUGGCUCUGAACUCUCGUAUAGAAGUAUUAGUAAAACAAAGCCUGGUGUGAAGCUAAAACGCCAAAAGAUUAGAAAGAAACUGAAAGCUGCUCUUGAAUCCCCGAUAUAUAAACAGUGUCUACAAACAAUUAAAUUAAAUCCUAUAAAAAUUCAAAAGGCCUUAAAUAGUGUUGAUAUACUUUCUAAAGUUGAAGCUAAAAAGCAAUUUCGGACGUUUUCUGAUUUAAAUUACAUAUUACCUAGUGACAAGAGCUUUAAACAAACAAAAGUAUCAUGUUCUGUAAAUACCAGUGCGAAAUCUGCCAGUAUAAAUUCUUGGAAUAAUGUUCCUUUUAGAUACCAAUCUAGAAAAUGCUUUUUUCCCUCAAGUGGAAAUCAACUAGCCAAAUCUGGGUUGGUUUUAUCAAACUGCGCAUACGAAAAAUUAAGGGCCACUUUUAAUAAUCAGAAUGAGCUUGAUACUUCAUCUGUUCACUCCGAAGAAUCAGAUUUCAUAAAUAUUGUUUCACCUAAUUCUCAGAAGGAAUCAACUUCUGAAACUGAAAAAUUAGAUCAUAAAGAAAUUAUGUUAGAAAAAGAUUUGUAUGAAGGGCAACAAAAUGCAUCACCUUCUUCCUCUUGUGUUAAUUCGCCCACUGAAUCUGAAGAAUCUGAAAGUGAUCUCUAUGAAGAGCAAGAAAAUGGGUCACCUGCUUCCUCUUAUCUUAAUUCACCCUCUGAAUAUGAAGAAUUGGAGAAUGAUCUCUGUGAAGAGCAACAAAAUGGAUCACCUUCUUCCUCUUAUCUUAAUUCACCCUCUGAAUAUGAAGAAUUGGAGAAUGAUCUCUGUGAAGAGCAACAAAUUGAAUCACUUUCUUCUCCUAAUGUUAAUUCAGCCUCUGAAUAUGAAGAAUUUGAGAACGAUCUCUGUGAAGAGCAACAAAAUGAAUCACUUUCUUCUCCUAAUGUUAAUACAGCCUCUAAUAGUGAUUUGGUUUCUGUAAAAAUAAAUAGCAGUCAAUCAUAUUCUAAUUAUUUGAAUGAGUAUAAUCAAGAUGCAGAUCAACUACAAGAAAUGUCAACAAUGGAGUGUACCCCUAUUUCUCGGCCAAGUUCUCCUGAACCAGUUUGUGAAAAGGAUGAAAUAGAUGACCAAGAGACAGAAUUACUAAAAAAGACAUCAUCAUCAAACAUGCCUAGAGAUGGCAUGCGUCUAAUCAUGCCGGAAGAAAAUUUUUGGAUAGAAUAUGGAUUAAAUGGAAAUAAUUAUCGAGAUUAUAAUAGGGAACAAAAUCAAGGAAGCAAGGAUAGAUGACAUAAAGCUAUAUGAGAAAUUAUCUGUCUAAACAUUAUGCUACGGCUCUCCUUGUUGCGAUGAGUUCAGCAAACUGCGGCUGAAUGCCCAACAGGAGUUGUCCGCUGAAAUUCCUGCCGAGAUGGGCUUCUGCGUGAAAGGGCCAAUUGAAGUGGAGCUCACCAUAAUGCUUCAGGCUCUAAUGGGAUCAACCGUUUCACUGUUCAUAAGCAUCUUUCUUGGAAGUUAGUCUUACAGGUGCCAAUUGAUGCAAUUGAGGUCUUCUCUACCUAAGGAAAAUGCAUCAAAUAAUAUAUGUUACAUUCCUGGGCCCUUUUUUUAGAAUCUGGUGGUGAAACAUCAGAUUCUGUGUGACAAUGGAUUUAACUGGGAAGUUAAAUCAGAAUAAAAGCAAUUUUCUGAAAAGUAAUGGAAUAUCAUUUGAAUCAAUUAUACCAUAUAUGAGAAUGAGUUGGCUCCAUUUAUAACAGUGAUUUCAAAUAGAGGGUUUAAUGUGCGUUUUAAUGUUAUUUUAUCUUGUUCAAGCAGACUGAGGUAAAAGUGAUUGAAAUCUGAAAUUUUUGAGUAAUUGUAGAAUUUUGUUUUAUAGAGAGAGUGAGACAAUAAAUUAAAUUGCAAUUAAUGAGGGACACAGUAUACUGAAAAGGGUGCUCUUAGAUAAAGAAAAGAGUGUAUUGCGAAAUAUCUUAACCUUUAAAAAUAAGGCUUUUUUUACCUUGGAAUAAAAGCUAUUUUCAGAACUUAUGUCUUGAUGUCAUGACGUAUGUAUGGUAGAUAUGGGAUAUCUCUAAGUUAAGGGAAUCUCUUUUUAUAUUUAUUCAGUGCCUUAUCCUUAGCAAUAAUCAGUUAUAUUUUGUGAUAAACAAAAUAAUCAAAAUUUUGAAACAAGUUCAAAGAACAUCAGUAGUGUUGUUAUAUAGAACUGUUUAUAGUAGUAGGUUAUAUCUUUUUAUGAUAAAUAAGCUUAAAGGCAUUCUUGUGUCUUCUAGUAUUCUCCCCAUAAAUGCAGCAAUGCUAAGUGGAGAAGAAUUAUCAUUAAUCUCUUUCCUCUCUCACAUAUUCAUUUUGGUUCAAUAUAAUUCUAAAGCUGUUUUAUUUCCAUUAAGUAGCCAAUUUUAAUUUGAAAAUGGCACUAAUAAAAUUGUUUACUUGGCCAUAAAAAGCCAAACUAAGUUUGUCCUGCCUUAUUGAUCUAGAGAGUUUUAAAUAUAUAAAAUACUUUGUCUUAAAAUAGUAAGGAAAUAUUUAAAAAGCAUUUUUCUGGAACUACUUUCUUUGUAUGAUACUUGAAGAUUCAACUGUUUGGAGUAACAACUGCUUUAAAAAGUUAUGUAUAAAUGAGAUACAAAUGACACUUUAGUUUAAAUGAGCAUUUCAGUUACUGAGCUUGUUAUAAAUGGUGCUAACUUUGCUUAGAUACUUUAAGUCGAAAAUGUGUCUUCCUCAAUUUUAUUUUAAAUCCCACUUUCUCUUUAAAAAUCAAAGGAGAAUAUUGGCCGUUUAGUAUAGCUAUUUCAAGGUUUGCUUAUGUAAGCAUGGUUUAAUUGGUUGUUGAAAUGACCAAAACCUUUAUUGUUUGAUGCAGGUGCUCAGUUCACUGAAGAACUUAUUAUAGAAUGUUAAUGUAAGAGCUUUUUUUUGUAUAUAUAUAGUUUUCCUUCCUCUGUAACAUGUUACAAACAUAACAAAUUACCAUACAACUUUAUAACUAAGAUAGGUUUCACAAAUUAUAUUGUUUGAAUUGUUAUGAAUGUAAUAUUGGGAUGUGGGUAUGGUGUCAAAAAAGUGCAAAAUAAUUAUAGAAAAGUUUCUUUCAUUUUAAUUCCUUUGUUUGUAAAUGACUAAGAUUUUUUUUUUUUUAAUUUGAGGGUGUGAAGUAUUUUAAAGAAAUAGUUAAAAAUU